GUCUUGAGGGUGGCUUAGUCACUUCUAUUUAGUCUGAUACGAGCCCACUCAUAUUAAAUGAAAGUGGCUCAGGGCUUUUGAGAAUGGUUUUGGCCGACGCGUUUGUUGAAAGUACAGGAUAGGGGUGCUGUAGUUUUCCUAGGCAGGAUCAAUCACUAUGAAAGGAGCAAUGAAGACCACUGAGUUGAUCAGGCAGACCGCCAGAUUAGGAGAGGAAAAAAGCAGACAAAUAGACAAUGGCAAAGCCCUCAGAUGCUCAUCUUCCAGAAGUAGUGUCUUCCUCUGCAACAAUAGCCAAGGAAUUUCCUUCGGAACAUUUAUCGGCGGUAACAUUUUGCCUUCAAACAGUGGGAGUCUCCGACUCGAUCCCAGAUAAUUGCAAUACCAAGGGCUUCUACUCCGACCUGGUUCGCGCCUUCGUCAAGCCAGACCGGGUCCUACGUGGCCGAGUCACCUGCCUCCACACCAUCAAUCCUGUUGUCACAAAUUUCUAUGGUUCACUUCAUGGAGGGUUUGUUGCGGCUGAUGUUGCUGAGACGGUGUCAAUCGCUUGUGCCAGAAGCGUAGUGGCCGAGGAUAAGGAACUUUCUCUUGGGGAAUUGAGCAUUUCAUACCUUUCUAGUGCUCCAAUGAAUGAGGAGGUGAUAGUUGAUGGCUCUGUGGGCAGGAGUGAAAGAAAUUUUACUGUAGUUGCAGUGGAGUUCAAUAUGCCAAGUUAUGAAUUGUUGUGGUUUCGACAAAUUCGAAUUUUUGUUUCAGUUUAA